UGGCUGCCAUCUUUAGUUUUCGAUGGAUGUUUUCCGAAGAGAUCGUGAAUUCUCGUAUUUAUUGUGCUGCCCUGGUGUCAAUUCCGUUAAAAAAUGCUUGUGUUUACAUCCAAGUUUAAAGUGAGCUUCUGUAUUCCUGUCAUAUUAAGCCUAUGGUUCAGGAUCCUCAAAUAGCGGAAUCGAAGAGUGCGGUAUCCCAAGCUGCCGGACGAGGAGAUACCAGUUCAAUCCUGACUCGCUCGAGUUUCCAGUUGGCGUGAUCGAAAGGCCUCCAAAACGUCGACCCCGUCGGUGAUCAAGUUAUCGGGGGGUGGAACAGCUGGGGGCGGGGAGCAAUUGUCCCCAGGGCCUGGCCCACCUCCCUCGGUCUCCCCGGCCGAGCAGACCGAUGCUAACGAGAAUGAUGCCUCCUCCGCCGCGACGAAACGCGUCGACAGCUAUCCUCAGACCGCUGAAACCACCAUGAGCUUCGUUUUGCAGCUGGGCACGGUAGAAACAUCUCUGGAGAAGAAGAACUCCUCCGGUCAGCCAUCUUCUUCGUUGAAUCAGGAGACAACCGGUACAUUAGUCGGUGGUACCGAUGAUUCCAACAAGCCUCAGAUCCUUCAGUGUUUGGAGAGCACUUCAGAGAUCUCAGCAGGACAUGUCAUUUCAUUUUCCACUGUAAAAUCGGUCAGCGUUACUUAUCCCGUGGCUAAAACCGUCAGGGAGGUCCAGAGGAUCACUGGUCCCCAGACGAAUACCACCCAGGUGUUAACGACUCGCGUGAUCUCGCAGAAAUUGCCCUCGUCCACCCACCAAACGCAGUCCACUACGCCUCUGACUCUGAACGCUUCUACGAAUGUAGUUCACGUUCCGGUAAACACUCAGUCCUUACCGUCUCCAGGUAGCGGGCUGACACAUGUGUACCCUUUGCAGCACGCGGUGUCCACGCAGGCAAAGCAGCAGCAAGCUAGAAAUCAGGUGGGCAGCUGCGAGAGCAAACAACAGACAAGCACAGUGCCUAGUCUCCAAACUAGUAGCGUGCCUCUGAAGGUUCAGCCUGUUUCCUCGCAGUUGAUGGUGAGUAGCAGCGCGGUCAGAGCCAUCAGCACCGCAACCUCGUUACCCAAUAUUCAGAGGAUACACGUAAAGGCGCAGAAUCUCGUUGGGCAGGGCCAGACGGUGAACCUGCAAAAGGUGAAGGCUGUGACGAACGUUAAUCAGGGGGUAACUGUUCAGAGGAACACCGUACCUAGGAUACAAACGGUACAAAAGAGCCAGGUGUCCACUGGCACAGUUCAAACCGCUCAGUUCGCUGUUAAUCAAGUCACGAACAAUGCCAAUGCACAGAGGGCCCAACAGGGGAACUCCGCGCUCCAGAAAGCACAAGCGAAUGCCGCCGCGAGCAUGCAAAAGGUGGCGCAGGUUUACAAUAACCAGAAGGUACCGUCGCAGGUGUUAAGUAGCCAUCCGAAUCACAAAGCACAACUACAACAGAUAGCAACCGGUAAUCAACAGCAGGGAUUACAGAAGUUACAGGUUCAGCCGCAGAAGACAGUGACCACCGUGCCCAGGCAGCAACAGUCAGCCACCACGCCGGUGAAUAACGUUCAGAAGCCUAGCAAUUCUGUAGCUGGUAUACAGAAGGUACAAGUAGUCGGGCAAGUGCAGUGUCAACAACAAUCGUCGCAAGUUCAGAAGCAUGUGCAACAAGUUCAGCCGUCGCAUCAUCAGAGAUCACAGUCGACGGCAGCUUUGCAAAAGUCUCAAACGGUGGCCACCGUCAAUUCCAGUAGAGUACAAACGAUCACGAACGUAUGCAAAAGCAACAGCGUCCCGAAUAUUACGAAGGCGUCGCAGAACGCUAAUUUAUUAGCUGUGAACAAGCAACAAGUGAUAUCGCAGCCGCAGCAGUCGCAGCAAGUACACCCAGCUCAGAACUCUUCCCAAUUACAGCAACAAUUACUGCAACAGACCUCACAGACACAGCAACAGUCGCAGCAGCAUGUGGUGCAGAAGCAGCAGCAACAACAACAACAGCAGGCGAAUGCGAAUCCGCCGACACAGAGAAGUCACAGUAUUAGCAAUGUGCACCAGAAGGUCGCCACUAUAGCAACGAUGCCCAACAACCAACGAACCCAGGUGAUGAACUCGAAGAUGCAGCAACAACAGCAACAGAUGGUAAUGAGAGUGGGUGUACCAAAAAACCAAGCGCAGACGUUACAGCAGGGAAACAUGAAAAGUAUUCCUCAGAAAAUGGCGAACACCGUGAAACCAGCAAACUCGCAGAAUGCCGUGCAACAGUCGCUACACAGAGCCGCAAAUUCACAGCCAGUGAAAAUAAUUCAGCAACAGCAGAACGUAAUAGGUCCUCAGAACGCUCAGAAACAACCUGGAUGCAUCAAAACGAUACCACCUCAGAAGCCAGCACAGAGGAAUCACGCGCAGAAAGUAGCCGGUAUUAAAACUUCUUUGAAUACAAACGUGACUGCAGUGAAGAGUCAAGGACCGACUACCGCAGUCGCACAAAAGACGAGCAUCAAAACGUUGCUUCCUCAGCAGACUGUCGCGUCGAACAUGUUGAUGCAUAAGAAUCAGCCGAUUAAAAUACAACAGCAAGGGGUACAGCAGAAACAGCUUAUCGCGACAUCGCAGUUCCCCCAGCAAGUUAGGCAACAGUCUGGUCAAGUAAAGACGUUACUGCCAGUAACUAGCACGGAACCUCGCAAGGAUGUCGAGAACAAAACUGAACCCGAGUCUCGCGAACCUAAAGAAGAUGAACGUCAACAACGUCCUACAUCUCCAAUUAUAAGAAUACCCCCUCCUUACGAGUGUCUUCAGUACGUCCUACAGGAUCACAAUUAUGGUGCACCACCGCCACGAACACCGUCACCACCCUCACCACCCUCUCAUCCAAAACAGCCCAUCAAUGGAGCCGGGAGUUCAACCGCAACCUCUCAGCACGCUUAUAUUUAUGGGAAAGUUGUUAGUGGCACUAACGUGGAAGAUGAUGCAGCCAGCGCUAUCAGCAGCGAAACAGGCAGAGACGUUGAACUGGAAGGUGAGGAAACUGAGACCGCUCCGGAAGGAGAAGGAGACGACGAGGACAGUGUUACUAGAUGUAUAUGUGACUUCGAGCAUGACGAUGGAUAUAUGAUCUGCUGCGAUCGAUGUUUAGUUUGGCAACACGUUGACUGUAUGGGCAUAGAUCGUUCUAACAUUCCUGACGAGUAUCUCUGUGAAAUCUGUCGACCGCGACGUGUAGACAGGCAAAGAGCUCGCGCUUUACAGAUGCGAAAACGCGAGGAAUUGCUAAAUUCAGAUACGUCAUCGGACACGUCGUCCACUAGUUCAGCAGACACCGACGUCGGUGUGAACACGAUCCCAAAGAAACGAACGUUACAACAACAAGUCCCGCGACGGAAAUCCGAGCCGCCGCAAGUAAGACGUUUGAACAACAAUAACAACAAUAAUAAUAACAACGUCGCGAAAAGACAGAGGAGAGAUUCUCAUCCGAGGCAAUCCAGCGCGGUUCGUAAAAAAGAAACAACAAAACGAGGCCCAGGUAAACGUAAAGUUAAACGAAGAAUGAGUCUAGAGGAUAAGGAGGAGGAUAGCCAAGACGCAUGGAGCUCUACUAACGUCACGCCACUUAGACAGUGGAUCGAACGCUACGAAGAGGCUGUGACGAAUCACUAUAGUCCGGAAUUGAGAGCCAGAAUAUCCUCGAUCAAAGUGAACGGCACGCAUAGCGAUUUGAGGCAGAGUAACAUGAGUAUGAUCGCCACUGGAAAAUGUAGGCUCAACGUACACAGUAACAACGUUAGAUUUUUGGUAGCAACGAUGUAUCUCCAACCGAACACACCUGUUGUCGAGCUACGAGGAAAGUAUAUGCUAAGUACACAACAUCGGCCAUCGUAUCCCCAAGGAAGACAACACAGUCAGAGGCCAGGACCUUUCGUAUUCUUUUAUCGGUUACCACGCGAUGGGACGGAAGUGUGUGUGGACACCAGAACGUACGGGAACGAUGCUAGAUUUGUGCGACGUAGUUGUAAGCCUAAUGCAGAAGUGAAACAUUGUAUAGAGAAAGGAACGUUACAUUUGUAUAUCGUGACCACUACCGCGAUCGAGAAAAACGCUGAGAUCACGAUCAGACACGAGCAACACGACCUGCUGUUAUCGCCUAAUCCGAACGGCCCCAUAAUGCCUAUCGUCUGUGCGUGUAAUAAUCCCAGAGAAUGUCAGAUAGUAUCCCUAAACCAAUUAAACAGAAGAGGAAGCAACGGAACACUGGCUGAGAACGCGGACGGUCGAGAGAGAAGACGAAGGGGCAGGCGAAAUACAGUCUGUGAGGACAGCGAUUCCUCGACUGCGAUCCCCAAUAGCACUGUCAUCGCGCAACCUGUGCCACCACCGACGAUAGUAUCAACAGUAUCAGCUCCACCAAGAAGAACAGUUACAACCACCGUAACGAACACAGUGCGUCAAGUACCUAAGGAGGAACCUCCAAUAGUGUCAGAAAGCAAGAAAGACAAAAAGAAGAUGACCAGAGAAGAAAGGAAAAUGGAAGCAAUCAUGAAAGCCUUCGAGAGGCUGGAGAAAGCGGAGCAAAGGAAACAAGAGGUUCAGGCGAGGAAUGCACAGAGAAAAGAGUCCGGUGGCACGCACAGCGACAACGACGACGCUCCUAGUGUCACAGUGCAGUCCUCCAAGCAGAAACAACAAACCUCUGACAGACCUCUUAGGCGAAAAAGGAGAAAAGGUAGAGCAAGGACGACUUCUCAAUCUCAAAGUAGUAGUCGAAGGACGAGGUUAAAUUCCGCGGAUUCCGACGAGUCUUCUGGAGAAGAAAGCAACUCGCUGCAGUCACCUCCUUUGCUGAGCCAAAAUCACUCUCAGAAUCGGGAUGCUCCUUACUCUUCCCACUUGCACACUCCUGCCAAGAAUACUAACGAGAAUGUAGCUACGUCUGGUGGUGGUCAUCAAGGAAUUCCAACAGCAGCUGGUCUAUUGCUGGCUCUGGCUAAUUCAAACGCACCUGGGCCCAGUUCGCCUCCUUUGCAACAACCAACACCAGUGAAAAGUCCAACCUGCGAUAGCGGAGCGAGUAGCAGUUCUCAAAGUUCCACUCCAUCCACUCCUUUAUCCUCGGCUUGUUUACUGGUCGCAGCAGCGGUUGGUCCCUUAGCUCCUGGCUUUAAAUUCCCAAAGACUAAGAAAGUCCUGAUGAACGAAUGGCUGAAAGAAUCGCCCGAUCCACCUCAGAGCAACAUAUCUCAAGUAUCACCGUUACCCGCAUUGCCCCCAACGUCUGCGUCGAAUUCUAUAAACCCUCUUUGUAGGUCCUCGGAUUUUUCCUUACCCACAGACUCUUCCGCAGAGUUCUUAACGCAGAGUUAUGCGGCUAAGAGUCUGGCGACCCUUGUCCAGGCGGCUAAUUCCGUCUCUGGAAUAUGCGAUUCACCACCUCAAAAGAAGCAAGCUAUCAGUGGAAAUAACACAGUGUGCCCUGUUUCCACGGGGUCAGCUAAAAAGAGGUGGCUACGUCAAGCCAUCUCCGAGGAAUGUGAUUCGCCCAACAGUCGGCCAGAGAGUCCACCGCCCAGUGAAAUGGUAGCUCCGCCAAAGAAGAGGAGAAUAGCUAGAGAAAGCUUGUCGUCGGAUAAUUAUACUCCACCUACAACACCCACCAUGUUGGUUCCUGAGUCUACUCCGAAUAACAGGUCUCUGUGUCCUGUUGAAGACGAUUUCAUCGAGCAGCUACAAUCACCGUUGAUCGAGCAAAACGAUGAACGUCACACGAUGACAGAGUCUGUGAAACAGGAGGUCAAUUCACAUGAACAUGUGAAUUCAGACGAGACUAUGCGACAAAAGCUUUCAGUAGACAUCCCUCAGAAUUUUCACGUAAAGAGUAUAAAAUCUGAGGAAUCCAUGACUGUAGUGCAAAUAGAUGCGUCGCUGGUAAAGGAAGAAAACCUUGAGGUAAAAAAAGAGGAGUACGAUGAAAUGGAAUGCGACGCGUAUAUACACUUGGAGUCGAAGCCUUCUGUUAAAGAUGAGUAUCGAGCCAUUAAGAAUGAUACAGAUCAUCAGAGAGAUAAGAGCAAGAAGGAACAUGUUAUAAAAAAAGAGGUAGAACACUUGGAGGUAGAAAAGGGUACAGUUGAAAUAGUUGAUCAGAACGAGGAGGGUGACACAGAAAUGGAAGAUUUCAGUUCUCCAAUCGCUCUCAUGGAAUCAGAUGCAAUCCUGAAGCAACGUGUAGCCGAGAUGAAGCUCGAAUUCGGCGGUAGCAUAAGUGAGAUGGUUAAAAUUGAGAAUGAGAAGUGUGACGAUGACAAAAGAUCCGAGGACGCGAAAAGUGAAGUGAAAUCUGACGAUAACAUGUCGAUAGACGAGUUCGAUGUCGAAGCACAGAUGAAGAAGAUCACUGGCGACGAUGGAAACGACUAUAAGGAAAAAGUAGACACCAGUUCAGAAAAGGACAAGAGUAUGGAUGGUAUCGAGGGUUUGAUGGAGAGCUCGAAAGAAGAUUCAGAGUCCGAGGAUAAGGAUAUGGACGAUGUGAAGUACGAAACGUCAUUCAAGUCGUUCAACAUCAACCACGAGGAGAAGUUAUUCAAAGAGUUCGAAAAUAAAACUGAACCAGAAUGCAUCAUUGAGAAUAACACUAAAGAGACCGAGCAAAGUCAAGAAUCUCAAAAAACAGAACAGCUGUCCGCACUCGUUACAUCAUCAGAGGAGUCCAUAUUUGAGUCUACAUCAUCCAACAUGGAUGCAGAAUCCAUCGCAGAGCCGCCAAAGAUUUUUCAUUCCAUUCCACCAUUAAGCGAACGUAUUCGUAAGAAGACAGAAACAACGAGUACACCAAAAAGCCAGCUAAAUUUCGAAGCGGCUAUCAUUGAAUCUACCAUUGACAUGGAAACAGUGGAUGGAUCUAAGAAUGGCGAGCAAAAGUCGAUGCUCUCGACGGCUUUGAGAGAGUUGCUGGAAGCCAAAUUAGAUGAUCUAGCAUCUGACAGUCCAAAGGAGGAGACCAUUGAGGAAAAUAAUACCCCGUACAUCGAGCCAAAGUCUGAAUCUCCAGAACAGAUAAUAGAAGUUCAAGAGUCUGUAUUAAAACCUGCCCCGCAAAUUAUCCAGAAUGAAGAAGUUCCUCCAGUGAAGGAAGAAGAAGCUCCGCCUAAAGAGAUCAAACGACUAAAGGAUCCCAGAACCGUCGUUCCAAAUACUAUGCCAGCCCCUGCAUUUAAACCUGAUACAAUUCCCCCUGUUAAACGAAAGUUGUCCAUAUCAGAGUACCGUAAACGCAAACAACAAUCGUCUGGCACGCCUCCAGAGCCUGAACCGUCAAAUGAUGCUUCCGCAACGGAUAAAGGAGGGGCGAGAGGUAGAUCGGACAGUGCGAGCAGCGGGACUUCGUCUCUCAGUUCCGAUGAGGAAGGAUCCAAAAUUUCAUUAUCUCUCGAUAUACCGAGCCUCACCGCGCUACCGCUUUUUACCAACGCAGAAAGCGAAGAAAAGAAAGGUGGUGAGGAAGGCACAAUAGGUUGGUCCGCAGCUCCAACUCUUGUUGAACGUCAACGAGAAAACCUUACGGAAAGAUUGAAACGAGAGUUUGGAUUGUUCCUCAGCGACGACGAAGAAGAGAGAGCUCGCAAACAUGGUCUAACAGCAGAGGCAAUAUUAAAAGCACGCAAGACGUCUCCGCCACAUCCCUCUGUCUCGAAUACCCCACCGGGGUAUCCUGUACCUCAGCUGCCUCCUCAACCCUAUAUACCUCCUCCAGGAUCAGCGUCAAUACAUUAUCCCCAAUUCCAAAGCAAACCGCCUUGUCCUGUCCAGUAUCCGAACUUCACUGUCCCGCAGAGUACCUCGCAGCCAAUUUAUACGAACGCUGCCCCACAGGCCUCUGCGAAUAAACAGGCGCAGCAAUUUUUAGUACCACAAGCGUCUCAAGCACCACCGGGCUCGAAUCCAUACCCCCCUCAGUUUAUUCCACCAUCUACCACAGCAGUAUCAAUCUCCAAGUACUCGUCCGUGACACCGCCAUCCGGAAAUCAAAUGUAUCCUGCGUCCGGCCAAUCGCAGAAGCAGUUUUACAAUCACCCGGCGCCGAGGUCUUAACCCACAUAAAAAGGUAGCGCUGCUCGAAAAACUUUUUAGCUGGGGAAAUUUUUAUUAGACUUGGUCGUUUAAUUCCAUUAGAUUAAAGCAUAUUAAGUUAUCCUCCCUGGCCUGAAGGGAAAGGGGGCGAAACAAAAUAUAUCGAGAGAAGAACAGAAAGAAAAAAAUAACAAACUCACGAUCUCUUCUGCCUUACGUCGUUCGUGUUCUAGCAAAAGGGUAUUUAAAUGUAUAUGAUAAAAUGAUAAUUCGCGCACGCACGACUGGCAGUAAAAAUAAAGAAGAGAUUCGUGAUCAUACAGGUGCUACUCUGUUCUCGCUUGUAUUAAGGACGUUAUACGUACACCGUUGACUGCGAGAGAAGAAACAUGAAAGAAAUGACACACUUCUGAUGGUUUCGGAGACGCACUCGAUGGAAUUCGCGUGGCCUAAAGUGAUAAUGAAGUAUUUUGAACAAAAAAAAACGAAAAAAAAGAAAGGAAUAUGUAGUGUUAUCGUGCAUUAUAUAGAUAAAUGACCGUAUUUAAGGAAAACAUUGGCAUCUAAUCGUGUUAUGGCCAAAAGUGUACUGCACGAUGUACACUUUUUAUAUCGGUGAAAACGGUGCCCUAAGAACGUUUAUACAUAGCAUUAGUCCAACUUUGGUGAAACCGCAACAAAGUUGGAACCGAUCCAGACCGAUAAUCGUGAUACGCAUCGGUUAGGACCAUCUGACAGUUAUAUAUUACAUAUAUGUAUACACACGUACACAAAGGAACACACGUACACAAAAAAACGUGCAUACCUGCAUUAUCCGAGUUCUUUGUAAAUAUCAUUUGCAUAUAUGCAUAAUAUAACGAUACUGAAGUGUACAUUUAAUCUUAGUUAAGAAAGAGUCAAGGGAGAGAUACAGAAGAAACUAAGACACUGUGCUGUGAGUUGCAGUUUUUAUUUUAUUUUUUUACGAAAACGAACAAAAAAAGGAAAAAGAGCAUCGACAUGAUCGGGAUCUUUAAAAAAAAGCGUACAUUUCUUUGGAUUUAAAAUGGAACGAUAAUCACCGCACAGUGACGGGUUCCUUGGUCGAGGAUUGAAAUUUUUGCUUUUCGAUUCCAUCGUGGUGAUGAUCAUCGAUUCCAUGGGAAGAACA